AAGCUAAUUUUACCUUGGUGACAAGUUGAGUGUACGCACAUGCAAACACACGGAACGCAGGCACGAAGUCACGUGUUCCACCCGGACUGGUUUCCACUGCGCACCCAUUUAGAUACAACCGCCUUACGGGAGAGAACAUGGCAGCUCAGGUUGCAGCCACGAAAGUUCCGGAAGUGCGAGACAUCACUCGCAUUGAGAGGAUUGGCGCACACUCUCACAUUCGUGGCCUUGGGUUGGAUGAUGCCUUGGAGCCACGGCAGGUGUCUCAGGGAAUGGUGGGUCAGCUGGCAUCUCGGAGGGCAGCCGGGCUGAUCCUUGAAAUGAUCAAAGAUGGUCAAAUUGCUGGUCGUGCAGUCCUCAUUGCUGGCCAACCUGGGACGGGCAAGACGGCUAUUGCUAUGGGUAUUGCUCAGUCCCUUGGCCCUGACACACCUUUCACUGCUCUGGCUGGGAGUGAGAUUUUCUCUCUGGAGAUGAGCAAGACAGAGGCUCUGAGCCAGGCCUUCCGCAAAGCCAUAGGAGUCAGGAUAAAAGAGGAGACUGAGAUCAUCGAAGGAGAGGUGGUAGAGAUUCAGAUCGACAGACCGGCUACAGGAACUGGUGCAAAAGUGGGUAAACUCACGCUGAAGACGACAGAGAUGGAAACCAUUUAUGACCUGGGAACCAAAAUGAUCGAGAGCCUCAGUAAAGAGAGAGUACAAGCCGGAGAUGUGAUCACCAUUGAUAAAGCCACAGGAAAGAUUAGCAAGCUGGGAAGGUCUUUUACUCGAGCAAGAGAUUACGACGCCAUGGGCUCACAGACACAGUUUGUGCAAUGUCCAGAGGGAGAACUGCAGAAACGGAAGGAGGUUGUUCACACCGUCUCUCUUCAUGAAAUUGACGUCAUUAACAGCCGCACUCAGGGAUUCCUGGCCUUAUUUUCAGGUGACACAGGAGAGAUUAAGUCAGAGGUUCGGGAGCAGAUCAAUGCUAAAGUGUCCGAGUGGAGAGAGGAAGGCAAAGCUGAGAUCAUUCCCGGGGUUCUCUUCAUAGAUGAGGUCCACAUGUUGGACAUAGAAUGCUUUUCUUUCCUAAAUCGAGCCCUAGAGAGUGAUCUUUCACCUGUACUCAUCAUGGCCACUAAUAGAGGCAUCACCCGUAUUAGAGGCACCAAUUACCAGAGUCCUCAUGGUAUUCCCAUAGACAUGCUUGACCGUCUGCUGAUCAUUGCUACCACUCCCUACACUGAGAAGGAGACCAGACAGAUCCUAAAGAUUCGCUGUGAGGAGGAGGAUGUCGAGCUCAGUGAGGAGGCACACACAGUUUUAACACGUAUCGGACAGGAGACUUCACUCCGUUACGCCAUCCAGCUUAUCAGUACUGCAGGCCUGGUGUGCCGCAAACGCCGGGGUACUGAAGUCCAAGUGGAGGACAUUAAAAGGGUCUACUCUCUCUUCCUGGAUGAGUCCCGGUCCUCACAGUACAUGAAAGAGUACCAGGACUCCUUCCUCUUCAAUGAAACACCCAAAUGAAAUUACAGCUGCACAAAAAGCACAAUUAAUCCCCUCAGAUGGACACCUCGUAAUCAGAGACACUGUGAAAAGUAGUCCAUUCGUUGCUCCUGUGAAGUCCAUUUACUCUUAUGACCUCAUCCCUUGCAGAGCCUUCUUAGAAGUGUUCGGGCAAUUGAGUGUGUUCAUGCUCUCAAGUUUGUUUUUUUUCCUCCAUUCUUCAAGUCUUUUUCUUCAUUUGCUACUUGGUAUUGCUAGAUUUUAUAUGUUUUGCAUUGAAUAAAAAAAUAAUUUCUUCUUGUUGGCUGUAUAACAUGGCAACUGAAAGGAUGAAAUAAAAACUAUUUGUCCAUGAAUAUAAUGACAUUGUUAUUAGGCAGCCUAAUCUACAGUAUUGGCGAGCUUAGGCAGUAUUCAUGAAUAAAGCCUGAUGUUCAUGCAAGAA